GCUGCCCCGCGCUCUCCUGCCCAGCCCCAACCCUGCCUUGUCUUGCCUUGCCUUGCCUUGCCUUGCCUUGCCUUGCCCCGCGCUACCCCGGGCUGCCUUCGCCCCCCGGCUCCUUCCUCCCCGUGCCGGGACAGCGGCUGGGCACCGCGAUACCCGCAGGACCCGCGUGGGACGCCCGACGCCGGCGGUGAUGGGGCAGAUCUCUGAUGGAAGGCAUUUCUUGGUGCAGCUUAUGAAGAUAAUGCAGUGAAAGUCUUGGCCAGUUGUGGAAAUCCUGGCCAAAUUCCAAACCCAAGUAUAGCAUUUCUUCCAUUUGGUCGUCCCUCAUCCUAGAAGAACCAUGUACGGGAGUGCGAGAACAAUCAGUAACUUGGAAGGCAGCCCUUCCCGGUCGCCUCGCUUGCCAAGGUCGCCUCGUUUGGGCCAUCGGAGAACCAGUAGUGGAGGUGGGGGAGGAACAGGCAAGACACUGUCCAUGGAAAACAUCCAGUCCCUUAACGCAGCCUAUGCAACAUCUGGACCAAUGUACUUGAGUGACCACGAGGGAGUAGCAUCUACGACUUUCCCCAAGGGCACCAUGACCCUCGGAAGGGCUACAAACCGAGCUGUGUAUGGGGGUCGGGUGACGGCCAUGGGGAGCAGCCCCAAUAUCGCCUCUGCUGGCCUCUCCCACACUGAUGUCCUUUCCUACACUGACCAGCAUGGUGGGCUGACCACAUCGUCUCAUCAUCACCACCACCAAGUUCCUUCCAUGUUGAGACAGGUAAGGGACAGCACCAUGCUGGAUUUGCAGGCUCAGCUCAAGGAGCUGCAGCGGGAGAAUGACCUCCUCCGCAAAGAGCUAGACAUCAAGGACAGCAAGCUGGGGUCUUCCAUGAAUAGCAUUAAGACAUUUUGGAGCCCUGAACUCAAGAAAGAAAGAGUCCUGCGUAAAGAGGAGGCAGCCCGCAUGUCCGUUCUCAAGGAACAGAUGAGGGUCUCACAUGAAGAAAAUCAGUUUUUGGAUGCCAGGAGAACCAAGCACCUGCAGUUGACAAUCCAGGCUCUUCAAGAUGAGCUCCGAACCCAGAGAGACCUUAAUCAUCUCCUCCAACAGGAGAGCGGCAACCGUGGGGCUGAGCACUUCACCAUCGAGCUGACGGAGGAGAAUUUCCGAAGGCUCCAAGCCGAGCAUGACCGCCAGGCCAAAGAACUGUUCCUCCUGCGGAAGACCUUAGAAGAGAUGGAGCUGAGGAUCGAAACCCAGAAACAGACCCUCAAUGCCCGCGAUGAGUCCAUCAAGAAACUCCUAGAAAUGUUGCAAAGCAAAGGUUUGCCUUCGAAAGGCAUGGAAGAUGACAACGAGAGAACACGAAGGAUGGCCGAGGCGGAAUCUCAGGUGAACCAUUUAGAAGUCAUCUUAGACCAGAAGGAGAAGGAAAACAUCCAUCUGAGAGAGGAGCUGCACAGGAGGACCCAGCUUCAGUCGGAACCGGCAAAGACCAAGGCUCUUCAGACAGUCAUAGAAAUGAAGGACACAAAGAUCGCUUCACUGGAGCGGAACAUCCGGGACCUGGAGGAUGAGAUCCAGAUGCUCAAAGCCAAUGGGGUCCUGAACACGGAGGAGCGUGAAGAAGAGAUCAAGCAAGUGGAGGUUUACAAGAGCCAUUCCAAGUUCAUGAAGAACAAGGUGGAUCAGUUGAAACAGGAAUUCUCCAAGAAGGAGUCAGAACUUCUUGCCUUACAGACCAAGCUUGAAACCCUCAGCAACCAGAAUUCCGAUUGCAAGCAGCAUAUCGAGGUGCUCAAAGAGUCGCUGACUGCCAAAGAGCAGCGGGCAGCCAUCCUGCAGACAGAGGUUGAUGCCCUGAGGUUACGACUAGAGGAGAAAGAAUCUUUUCUCAACAAAAAGACCAAACAGCUGCAGGACCUCACAGAAGAGAAAGGGACAUUGGCGGGAGAGAUCCGAGAUAUGAAAGACAUGCUCGAAGUUAAGGAGAGGAAAAUCAACGUACUACAGAAAAAGAUAGAAAACUUGCAAGAACAAGUCAGAGACAAGGACAAGCAGCUGAGCAACCUGAAGGACCGGGUAAAGUCUCUGCAGACGGAUUCGAGCAACACAGACACGGCCCUCGCCACUUUAGAAGAGGCUUUGUCUGAAAAGGAGAGAAUCAUCGAACGCUUGAAAGAACAACGGGAACGUGAUGAUCGAGAACGCCUAGAAGAAAUUGAAUCCUUCCGAAAAGAGAACAAGGAUCUUAAGGACAAAGUCAAUGCUUUGCAAGCUGAACUCACCGAGAAAGAGUCUAAUCUAAUUGACCUCAAGGAACAUGCCUCUUCCUUGGCAUCCGCGGGCCUGAAGCGGGAUUCCAAAUUAAAGUCCCUGGAAAUUGCUAUAGAACAAAAGAAAGAAGAAUGUAGUAAGUUGGAAGCGCAAUUGAAGAAGCAAGCUGAGCAGUUGUUCAAUCAGAUGUACAACCCCGCUCAUAAUGUCGAGGAAGACUCCAGGAUGAACCCUGAAUUUGCAGAUCGAAUGAAGCAGCUGGACAAAGAGGCAUCUUACUACCGUGAUGAGUGUGGCAAGGCCCAAGCAGAGGUGGACAGACUCCUGGAGAUCCUCAAGGAAGUGGAGAAUGAAAAGAACGAUAAAGACAAGAAAAUUGCUGAACUCGAAAGCUUGAAUUCCAGACAUAUGAAGGACCAAAAUAAGAAAGUGGCCAAUCUUAAGCACAACCAACAAUUGGAAAAAAAGAAGAAUGCCCAAUUAUUGGAAGAAGUUCGAAGGAGAGAGGAUAACAUGACAGACAACUCCCAGCACUUACAGUUAGAAGAGCUGCUGAAUGCCCUUGAAAAGACCAGACAAGAGUUGGAUGCUACCAAAGCUCGUCUCGCCUCAACACAGCAGUCCCUGGGUGAAAAAGAAGCACAUUUGGCCAACCUACGGAUGGAGAGGAGAAAACAGCUUGAGGAAAUCCUGGAGAUGAAACAGGAAGCCCUGCUGGCUGCCAUCAGUGAAAAGGAUGCCAACAUAGCCUUGCUUGAGCUGUCUGCCUCCAAGAAAAAGAAGACACAAGAGGAAGUCAUGACCCUGAAACGUGAAAAAGACCGAUUGGUGCAUCAGUUGAAGCAGCAGACACAGAAUAGAAUGAAGUUGAUGGCUGACAAUUACGAUGAAGACCAUCACCAUUACCAUCAUCAUCACCAUCACCACCAUCACCGGUCUCCUGGGAGGUCCCAGCAUUCCAACCACAGACCCUCUCCAGACCAGUUAUCCGACAGAGAAGCUGGAUGGAGAAAGAAGAUUCUGUCCCGAAAAAAUGCUCUGAUAAUCUAUUGCAGUGGAUCCCACACCCCUCCCCUACGAUGGCAGCAAUGGAGGGGGUCAUAGCAAGGGAAGAUGAAUGUUUCCUUUUUCGCUGUCCAAUGCAAGACCUAAUGACUGGAUAUGUUCUGCCUUAUCUCGUCUUGUCUCUUGCAGAGUCCAUUCCAUUCAAGAGCAGAGAAGGAGAGUAGAUGGAACAGACAGAGCCUUCAUUUUUCAUAUUGAAUGAGUGGUUUUUUCUUUGUUUUAGAGCUUGGAGGUUAACAAUGUGACCACCUUUCCUAAUUUUCAUUCCUUGAUAAUGUUCAAGUUAUUUCAAUGCCAUUUGAUAAAUUUUAAUACUACCAAAGUUCAAUUGUGUGAUAAAACUUCUGUUUAGAUGUUCUAACUUAAUUUCAUCUCCAAUGACUAUGGCAGUUUGGUCAAGUGUCAUUUCAAAUUCAUUAGAUUAUCAAAGAAAAAAAAAAGAAAAAGAAGGAAAGAAAGAAAGAAAGCCAAAAAAAGAAAGAAAACCAAAAAAAGAAGGAAGGAAGGAAGGAAGGAAGGAAGGAAGGAAAGAGAAAAGAACAGAAAAGAAAGAAAGCCUAAGUGAGCUGUUAUUGAAUGGUGUCAGCACUAUUCAUCUCCCCAGCUAUGUGGGCUGUUGAACAAUGAAACCUGAAUGCCAAAAACAAAACAAAAAACAAACAAAAAACAAAACAAAAUACAUGAGCCUUUACCCUCUUCUGUUUCUUUAAUCUAUUUUUCAAAUAAUCAUAUAUUGACAUUGUUACCAACUAGUAGUUAGCUCUGGGCCAGGUUGGAAAUGAAAUCAAUUUUUAGAAACAAUCACAUGAUUAGAACUUGUUGGCAAGAACUCGCCUGAUGAAAACAUGGUGGUAGUGUGUCUCUGACAGUGAAUGGGGCAUCUGAAAACCCAUCAUACCUAAUUUAGUCUACACUGUUCAUGUAUCAAGGCAUGACAAAAGCAUGAGGGGUCCACAUAUGUGUCCACACAAAUCUGGCAGCAUCCACACAGAUGAGCCAGAAUGGAACCUCAAACUUUUCUCAUCCAGUUACAUAUCAAUGUUUUAAUAUAAAAGCUGGAACUCCUGGACAUUUCAAGAUUCCAUGAAAACAGUGUAUACAUUUGACCUUCUGCAAAGGAAGGAUUGUUUUUGUUAUUGUUUUUUUUUUUAAUUUUGAUGGAAAAAUGUAGUCUCCAACAUGGAUUCCAGUGCAUCUUAAGCAUUCAACAAGAAAAGACCCCAAGGAGGAGAAACAACAUUCUUCAAAGCUGUGUCUCUGUAUAUAGCUCUACAAAAUACGUCCAUGAAGUGCAGUCAUUAUUUAAAGCACAUGCCAGGGAGAAAAGGCCAAAUUUUCCGGUCUUUACAUAGUGAUGUGGUACCAGGGAGAGUUAAACUCACACUGGAGGGAGGGAGAAAAAAAUGAUUGUAACAACUUCAUAAAGCUCACAAAGGAGUCUGGUGAACAUGUGCAAAAGUUCAGCUGUGAGAUUGAUCCAUCCUAUUUUUCUUCUCAAGAAAAGACAUUUUUCCAUGUGGAUGUGAGUAGGACAUGCAUAGCAGAAUUUUUAAAGGACAAACAUUGGAAUUAAGCAUGAGUGGCCUUAAUAAUUAUAGUUGUUUUUUUUAAUUGUUCCCAUGAAAAUGGAUUGAAAAACCGACAUGCCUGAAGUUUCACCCUGAUUAUAAUCAAUGGUAUUUCUGUAAGGUUGUUGGGGGCAAUUAAAACACUUGAAAUCCUUUAUGAGUUAUUGAGGUAUUGAAAAGGCAGAAGCCUCUUUGUCAAGGAACAGACUGGUGGGAGAACCAUUUUUAGCUACCCCAUCCUAGCUGAUGGGGAAGAAGCCCCUCCUGGGAUACAAACUUCUUGUUCCAGGUUGGGUAGUUGUCUUUGGAAGGAUCAAGACCUGUGUAAGGCUUACAUGUCACCGAAGUAAUCCAAUGGCAUUCAUGUUUAAAACCUUUGUCCUUUGACUAUCAGAAGGAUUCUAGAUCUCUGCUGAAGACAAAAAAUGCCCAGUUCUCUGGCAAGCUAUCAAGAACAUCUGUAAAUGCAGACCACAAAUGUGUCUCCUAUGCCCACUGUGCUGCCCCUUCAGGGGUAGCACUCUGGCUGUCUCUUACAAUCAGGUUUCUACCUUCACUUUGCAACUGAAUACUUGAAAUAGGAAAUAAACUAGGGGAAAAUCUGUAGAGUUAGCUAUUUCUAUGUAUGUGCCAAUUUUGUCACUUAUUUAUUGUUUGGGAAGGGUAUUUUGACCCUGUUUCUGUUGGUAAGAGUAUUAUUGAUUAAAAAAAACCAACAGCUUUAUGGGGACAUCCAAUUCUGUCCCCUGAAGAGAUCCCAUUUUUGUCUAGCAUUUUAUCUAUUCCCAUUCCAUGUAUGGUGUUCCAGGGGGCGAUUGUUUUCACAUCUUACAAAUAGACUCUGGGUUUAAAAAGAAAACACUGUGAUGUCGGGAAAAUCUUGGAUAUGAGCAAACUUGAGUAGGUUCCCCCUGGAGAUUUAAUGAAGUUAAGAACAGGUAAAAGUGUUUUGGCUAACAUAAAAUCAUGAUACUUUUCAUGCAGAGUCAGGCCUGCAACUCAUAGCCUCUUUAAUUUCAAUGGACAGUCUUGAUUUUGUAUUUACGGAAUUUUGUGUAUUCCAGUAUGCACGUUAAAUGCACAUUGACUUUUGUUUGAAAGUGGGUUUCAAUUACCUUUUUAAACAGUGUUUAUGACAAGACUGCCAACAUGUUGACAUUCGCUAUAUCUGCAAUGAUUUUGUGUGGAGUGAUGUUUGAACGUGAUGUUCUGCACCAAUGGGUCAGUGUCUCUCUAUUUCCUUGAGACCCUCAUUUGAUAGUGCUUCUUGUGAUAAUUUCCUCAAGUGAGUGGCAUGUGGAUUGUAACACUGACAUGUGGCUAAGGACCUUGAUAUGAACCAAUUAAGGAAUUCUCAGAAAUUACCCAUGGGCAUGUAUUAGACAAGUCAUUGUAACUUACUGUCCUGUAGAACUGUAAUGUACAAGGUGUGUAGAAUCCAUAGCAUUGUGACCCUGUGUAUGAGAAGUGCUGUACUGACCACCUUGUUUCUAUCCAUGAAAUAAACUUUAUU